CUCGAUGAAAACAAUUGUUAGGUCUUGUGAUAACGAUAUUGCCGAAGAGAUUGGAAUUGUCCUAUAGGUGUCAGCGACUAUAGUAACUGAUGCAUAUGAAACAUGCUUAAAUAGUGUGAAAUGUACGAUUAAAUGAUGUAAUGACUAUUCUUUAACUCGAAACUUGAAGAAAAGUGAGGAGAGGAUUGUAGACGUAUGCAAGUAGCUGUAUUAUAAAAAGGGUAACUGGAAGAAUAACGCUGAAAUACUUAUAACAUUUCCUUGCUCCGUUUACAAGUUAUCUAGACUAGGAAAAAAAUAUUGAGUAUACAAUAUAAACGAAACGUUGUUAACAGACCGGAAGAAACUCAAAUAGAAAAUACAUUUGUGUAUUGGCAUUAAGCAUUAACACUGGAAGACGGCUAACAUGUCAAAGGAAGACAAGAAUCCUCUGCUAGAACAGGAGUCUUUUGAGAAGAAACAGUACAAGUCUGUGGAAGAUCAAAAGGAAACACUUUAUGGCAGCAAUAAACUCUCACAGAACGACAACAUUUUGGAGAGUAAACAAAAGAAUAAAAAGUUCACACCUCAACAGUGGGCAACGCUCCUUACCCUUGCAUUUGGAAAUUUUUGCAUAGGAGCAACUAUUUCGCUCCAAGCUCCAUUUUUUCCUCAAGAGGCUGAAAAGAAAGGAGCGACGCCAACUGAAUAUGGCUUGGUGUUCGGAAUUUAUCAACUCACGAUGUUUCUCGCUGCACCAUUGUGUGGAAAAAUUAUUGCUAUAGUGACACCGUCAUUCAUGCUUAAUGCUGGAAUCUUCAUCAUUGGAGUGGCAUCAAUACUAUUUGGUUUUCUCGAUCGAGCUCCAAAUGGAAACCCAUUUGUUUAUCUUGCCCUGGCAGUGAGAGUAGCAGAAGGAUUCGGAUCAGCAGCAGCCAAAACAUCCAGCUACUCAAUAAUAGCACUGCAGUUUCCUAACAGUGUGGCCAAGACAUUUUCUUUAUUAGAGACGUGUAUAGGAAUUGGUCUUAUUGCAGGACCAACGAUUGGCGGAGCCCUUUACGAGGUAGGUGGUUAUGAACUUCCAUUCAUCACAGCAGGAGCUCUCCUUCUCAUAGACGGUAUUCUUGUGUAUUUUGUUCUUCCAGAGUUAGACAACUCCAAAAUACCCAGGAAAUCAGGAGAUCUUUUUAAAUUCUACAAAAAUUUAGGAACUGGGUUGGAUUUUCUUGUUGUGUUUACCACAUUUAAUUGCGUUGGGUUUAAUCAGGCAACGUUAGAACCUCACCUUCGUCAGUUCAAUCUAACUCCAUUUGUUUUGGGAUCAACUUUUGUAAUCAGUGGCGCCAUCUACUCAAUAACAGCACCUAUCUGGGGCUGGAUUUGUGAUCGUCUGCCAUCAACUAGACCGAUAACAUUAAUGGGAUGUAUAUUUAUGAGCAUUUGUCAACUCUUUCUUGGACCAACUACUUUUAUGCCAAUAGACACACAACUGUGGCUAGUGAUUGUCUCUCUUGGUAUCUUUGGACUGGCAAUUGGUUGUAAACUAGUUCCUACGUUUAUUGGUGCUUUACAAAAUACAAUAGAACGUGGCUUCCCCAACGAUCUGACGACUUACGGACUGGUAUCGUCAAUGUUUACUUCUGCUAUGGCUCUUGGAGCUUUUGUAGGACCCACUGUUGGUGGCUAUCUUCUUGACAUCAUCGGUUUUCGAAAAGGAACAGAAAUACUGUUUGGAAUUGAGAUAGGAUUGUUUGUCCUUGUUGCCGUAUACUUUGUUUCAUUUCGACUUAAACUUGGUGAAACUCGACCGAGGGAACCACUGAUGGAUUCACUGACUACUGCGAUUAUUUCUGAAGGAGUGAGGACAAAAUCUAUCUCAGUAUAAAAUGAAUGUAUUUUAGACUAGACGGAAAUUACCCUCGUUAUUAACUAUAUGUCUCGAGAGUUUUUCACAAGCAGAGAUCUGUUAGACGAUUUAUUUCUGUAAGUAAGAAUGUAAAUACAAUUUUAAUUUACAGAAAAUUGUUUUAUGUGCUUGUAAAGAUAUAUCUUUCCUCGUUUAAUGUACAAACGCAGUUAAUAUAUAUUUAAACUGAGAAUAAUGAUUUCAAUUACACUGAUAUGCCAUAUAAAUUAUGAGCAAGUUAUAUAUAUAUAUAUAUAUAUUAGUCAUAGAUAACACUGAAGAUUUUUACUUUAUAAGAAUUUCAAGCAUUCUAAGUGAAUAAUAAAAUUUUAUUUUCACAAGUGGUAUCGAAAAGAGUUUAAUGUACUUUUUGUUCGUAGCUUUUAAAUAAAUUAUAUUCAGAAAAGAGAAAGAUUAAUCGGUAUUUCUCACAUUAAAAAAUACUUAUUUUUCUAUUGUCCCCUGAACAAACAUCAACACUUAUUAAUUAAAGAAGUUCUAAAGAUAUAGUUUAUUAUAUUCAAUAUAAUUUUUACUCAUUCACUACAAUCCACUGACAAAAUAUUAAAAAUAGAAUUUACUAUCCACUUAUAAAUUUGGAAAACUGUAAUAUUUCUGGCUAUGAACACAAACGUGAUAUACAACACAAGUACAUUCGAGAGCUACUCAGCAUCAAACGACGUAUUUGGAACAUUCAAAUAUUUAUUAAUUUCAAUAAAUAUUAAUAACAUAUUUUGUUGAAUUUAAAAACAUUUAUUUUAAAUCCGUAAAAUUCAUAUAAUUGUUUUUAUAAGUUUAUUGUGUAUUUAUUAUGCUUUUGUCUCAAUUUGAAAUAUUUUUCAUUGACGUCCAUUUACAAAGGUUUUCUGUCACGGCUAAUUAUGUUAUUAAGACAUAUACUUUCAUCCUAAAAGUAUAAUGUUAUCUGUUACACUAACAGUUGUUAAGACAUUGAACCGAAAUUGUUUUGAUAUUUUGUUAUAUGAAUAUCUCUGCGACUGUUCUCCAGAAAAUACCAUAUUUUCGAGCUGUAAUCGAUUUCCAUCCUACAGUUUUGUAGGAAAAUAAAAAAGUAA